CGAGACCGGAGCGAUGGGGCGACGAAGGUCGCGCUGGGCGGCGAGCGCUCUGGCUGUCGGUUUGCACGCGGCGUACGGAUUGCGAGGCGAGUCCGAGGCCGUUGCGCCGGAGCACUACAUCGGCGACCACGAAGUAAUCUGGUCCUGGGGCUCCAGCGUCGGCGAGCGCGGUACGGCGCAGCCCGACAACUGGAUGAGCGUGACACAUGAUCAACUGCUCUACACCAACCCCAACAUCACCAAGCUGACCAUUGCCAACGUCGAGCUCUCGGUGCUACCACGGUACUCGCUGCCACCGCAGCUCACAGACGUCAUGAUUGCCAACUGCGAUCUGACAACCUUGCCACAUGACAUUGGCGCCAUGACCGCGCUACGGCAACUCGACAUUUCCAACAACCAAAUUGUCUCGAUCGCCAAGAAGCCAUCGACCAUCACAUACACCAACCUCGUUGCCGUGAAUGCCAAGAACAACAACUUGACGACGUUCAACCUCUCGGCGCCCAACCUCAGCCGUCUCGACUUGACGGGUAAUGCGCUGUCGGCGAUACCCAACUGCAUCUAUGGCAUGCUCGACCUCGCCGAGCUCUACCUCGCAAGCAAUUCGAUCCCGGUGCCCGUCCGCAUCACGUACAACGAGUUUGAAUUUCUCUCGGCGCUCGACUAUUUUGAUGUGGACGCGCCGCCCGGUGGUGCGGCCGACUGCGGCGACGACCAAGCGCACUCACUCAAAGGCAAUAUCGUCUGCGUCACAUCGACGGUCGGGCCGCCGCUGCCCACGUCGGCACCAACAGCCUCUGGCUUUUGGAGCUACUCGACGCUCAGCUGGUUCCUCCUCGUCUCGGGGAUUAUUGAAGCCAUUGUCGGCGUUUUUGUUUGCUUUGUGUACAAGCGUCGGCGCACCUACUCGCGCGGCGUGCAGUACACGUCGAGCCACUCGUCGGGCGAGCGCGAGCGCCUUCUCUCGGUCGAGCAGGUCAUCUACGCCAGCAUGGAGUCGCUCGCAAUGUCGCCGCUCACGACGCGCUUUGAACACAACGUUCCGCGCCUCGAGUGCGACGCUAUUUCGAUGGAGAAGCGAUUGGCCCAAGGCGGCUACGGCGAGGUUUGGCUCGGCCAUUACCACGCGUCGGUCGUCGCCAUCAAGAUCUUAUUGCCCGAGAAGCGCAGUCAGAGCGACAUUGCGGCCUUUCUGCGCGAGAUUACACUGCUCGCGAGCUUGGACCACCCACGAAUCGUGCGCUGCAUUGGCGCGGCGUGGCCAAAGUCGAAGCGCGACAUGAUGCUACUGACCGAGUACGUGGCCGGCGGCGACCUCCGCGCGCUUCUCGACUUGGACCCGAACAUGAAGUGGCCGUCGACCAAAGUGCGCUACGCGCUGCACAUUGCCGAGGCCCUCGAGUACCUCCACAGCCUUGAUAUGGUUCAUCGCGACAUCAAGGCCAAGAACGUGCUCGUGGACCCGAGCGAGAAUGGUGCCAAGGUGUGCGACUUUGGCGUCGCGCUGCAGCUACACCCGACGGUCGAGGACACGGUGGACGUGACAAGCCACGGCUUUGGCACGUCGCGCUGGAUGGCGCCCGAGGUGCUCACGGGCGACGCGUACACCAAGGCGGCCGACAUUUACGCCUUUGGCAUUGUCCUUUCGGAGCUCGACUCGCACCAGAUUCCGUUUGCAAACGAGCGCACAGCGUCGGGCAACGACCUCACCAACCUCGCAAUCUUACAGCGCGUCGUCAACGGCCAGCUCAAGCCCAAAUUUGGCGCGUCGUGUCCACCCGGCCUCGUUGCUCUCGCCGACUUGUGCUUGCACCCAAACCCCAAGGCCCGGCCCGCGGCCCACGCCGUCGUCGCGACCCUCACGGCACUGCUUUGUAGCGUAUGAACCCAGUUUUGCAAGCGUUUGAAUGGAAGUUGAGAAAACCA